CUGUUCUACGCGUCAGUGAUACAGCAGUCGCAGACACGGCAGAUGCUAAUAAUAAGCAAAAAGACACGGCAGAUCACAGAAGAGACCCAUACGGCGGUUGAUUAUACGGAUCAAGGCUCUUCAAGGGGUGCCGUGGCGAUGAGGAGGCAAUGGUUGAGCUUGGCCGCAGGGGUGGUGGUCGCUGGCCUGUGUUUGCACAGGGUGAUCUGGUGGACCUCCGUCGACAGUGGUUGGGAGGAGGAACAGUCUCUGGGGACCUCGUAUGCCGAUAGCUUGGAGACGGCCGGGCUCAACCGAAGCGCACGUGCACCCGCCAACGAUGUCGAUCGGCGGUGGUCGGAGAUACCCUUGUACCGGCCAGGACAAGACCUUGUGUUCUUCAGCCACAUCCACAAGACUGGGGGGACUUCCCUCUUGGCCAACGUGUUCCCACGGACGGCACUCGUGCCCACCUCGCAUCCCUCCAAGGGGCUGCGAGUGAACCAUCUCCAGGGACACGACUCAGAGUGGUGGAAGCCGUUUCAGCUAAUGUUCUCCCACAACAGGGCAAACGUAACCGACACCAUCGGCAUCCCGCCGACGAAGACACCGAGGGUGCUCAUCACCAUACGAAACCCCCUCCUGCACAAGGCCUCCAUAUUCUUCGAGUCCGUCUGCAGGUUCGGCCAGCACAUAAGCGACAACGGGACGAUCGACCAAGAAGCAGCGACCCUCGCUAGAGUUAACGGGAAGGGGGUGGAAACCGAGCAGUACAACUUCUGCCGGGACCCAGAGAUGUGGGUUGGUUCCAAACAGUUCGACAAGGUCUACAGGAACUUCGAGGCACGCUGGUUGUCCUACGGGGCGGCAGAAGGCCACCCCUGCAUCAGACCCGACCCGGAGUUCAACCGAUGGAGGGUUGACGACACCGAUGUGGGGGGGACGUGCAAAGCCAUCAAGGCUUCCGGCCAGGACGCGGACGUGUGGGCGGCGUAUUUCGAGCGAACCGCCGACGCCGCGAUUCGGAGGAUGGAAGGGGCGCUGUGGGUGGGGGUGACGGAGCGCAUGGAGGAGUCGCUCUGCCUGCUGUUCCUGACGCUCGGGAAGAAGGAGAGCGAGAUGCCGCAGCACCGACUCAAGACCCCGAGGCCCAUAACGGUGUGGCACGAAAAGGCGAAGGAGAAAGCGGCGUCGUACGACAGGGCGGACUGGAGGGUUUUCGAAGCCGCGAAUGACUUUCUCGACCUCCGCCUGUGGACGGCGCGGGAAAGGUUGAAAAGCGCGGGAGAGGAGGAACGCGCGAGGCUAGGCGAUCACUGUUUCCAAGUCCUCGCUGGAAAGGACGGCAACGGUGGCGAGUAACCGAUGCCCCAGACGCGGUUGCGUGUCCUAUGGGGUGCGGAAGUUCUUACGGAUUUUCCCCACGCUCAGGUAUGCAGAGCUUGGGCUCUCGUCACAGGGUCAUUCGCCUUGUUGUCUGUUUACCGUAUUGUUCAUUGUUGUUGCUCUCUCAGGCGCCAACAAGCGGCGUUGUUCUAGCUUAUGGGGCGCUCAAGUUCGUUUCCUUAUAUUGCCUAUCUCCCCCUACUCCAAAGCGUCUGGCUUGAUGUCAGCCGCCCUACGACCUGAACGCCAGGCGAUAGUCGGGGGGAUGAGGUGUGUCGGUGACGCUCCGAGUAAACAGUUUUGUUGCAGUGGCCACAGCAGGUAGCAGCCUAUGCGAGGUUUUUCUCGCUUCGUGUUUUCGUCUUCCCUUUGACUGACACGGUGCUCUGGUGUGAAACCAAGCGCUUGCCACUGUGGUUCGGUCGUUGAAGAGUUGCCUUUGGUUGAUGUGGCGCUCUCUGCCGUGGAACUCUCCUACGAAGACGUACCGCAGACGGCAUAAGAUACCACACCCCCUCGAUUGGUCUUCAAAAUCCCGAUUGCUGCACAGUAGAAGCGUCGGCGUUGGAAACGUGUCUUUGAGCGCUUUUCUCGAAAACGCAUCGUUUCGUUUCGUUCCGUGGAGUAAUCGCAAGUCGAUCCAGGGGGUGUGUUAUCUUGCGUCGCCCACGGUAUUUGUCCCUUUGCGGCGCUGAUGGCCCUUCGUUUGCCGCCGGUAAAUGUCCAGUGCGACUAAGGUGUCUUCAGUGAAUAUUGUUACCAGGCGCGCGUUGAAAGUGAGAGUAGGCUAACCAUAAAUACGAGGUCGUCGUCGUCGUCUUUGUUAUCGUCUUGAUCCUGAACAUUGUUCUACUCUGCUAAAAAAAGUCUGGAAGUAAUCUUGGAUAUGUUCGAGACUUUUUGGGCAGGCUGCAUGUCCAACCCCAUCUUUGCGUUUUGCUUGCCUCGAAAAAGUGCCUUGUUACUGGUGACCGAGGGGAUUCGUUUCUCGGUCGGAUUUAUCCUUUGUCGGCAACGCGUGUUGCGCUAUUUUUCUAGUAGCGGGGUCAACCCCCCUUUCUCUUGUGAAUUUCUUCGGUCCGUUAUUGUAUGGCUUUCUGUCGCACCUAGAUGGUGAACUUCACGUGUGUACAUGUGCUUGAUGUGAUAUCUUUUUACGGGUUUCUUGGCGGCUUGUCUCUUUUGGGGGUGGGAGGGUGCUGGUGCCAUGUUGCUUUUUGUCGACCGUGCUUCCUUGUCCUGCAGGGUGGCAUAUCUUCAUGUAAUUCAAUGCGUCAAUAUACUCGUUUUGUGUGCCUGUGCAACGUGCCCCGAUUUUUUCUCUCUCAGGGCAUGCGGCCAGGGCGGCGGCGUCUUAGUCGCAAUCAAUUUUGUGUCGAGUGAGGUCCACGUUGAAGCAGUCGUUGCGGUUGUCAAGAGUGAGGCAAGAGUACACCUUUCGUCGUGACACCACCAUCUCCCAAGGUCUCGUCACCCCAAUCGUUGUGUCAACUCAGGACAUCCCCUUGUUGGAUCAGUACGGAC